UGUUCCAAGCACUUCGUCGCGUACUAAGGACGUGUUCUUUUCUCUAGAAGAGAAAACAUUAGUUCGCCGGAUACAUUUUUUUUUGUUCGACGGCAGAUUCUGAACGUGCCAUCCAUCCAAAUUUAAAGGAGGGGGGACCCAGGAAAGGGAAUGAAAGCCUGUUCCUGCCAUCCCUUAUGCUCUUCUACCACCUCUACAUGUCUUGUAACCUUGAGGGACCCCACAUUUUCCCAUUUGAGGCCUCUCAGUUUUGUGAUUGAUACUUGAGGAUGUGAGAGUGACACGGCAAAACGCUCCUUUUGGUUAACACUGUGGGUGAGAGAUGUUUGACAAGGCUACACAGAGGCUUGUCCGCCGGAUUGAUCCAGAUGGCGAACUUAUUGCUGUUUCCAGACUAAACGAUUCAGAAAAGCUGAAGCCACUGGCUGUGGUCAUGAAGUGUCCGACCAAGUUGCCCUGGCAGAAGAUGAAAUACAGACCCACAGUGUUCACCCUCAAUGACCUACUACUGGGCGAACCCAUUCAGCCAGUGCUGGAGAAAACUGAUCUGGUGAAUUAUGAGGAGAAGCAUAAAGGUAACACGACUGGAUCUCUGGAGGCAGGAGGAGGUGCAUUCAGUGUGUCUGCACAGGGCAGUGGAGCAUCCACAUUUUCCUCCUCUCUAGGGGCACUUUGCAAAGAAAAUGUGAACUUACAACAACUCAUUAUGGACUCCAGAGAAAGGAAGGUAGACCUUCAGCAUCCUCUGCUCAAGCAGAAUCUUGGCAAACCCAAAUCCAAGCAGUUGUUCACUCUUGUGAUGGAGCGCAUUUUCACUACCUCAAACCAAAAAAUCAACUACAAUAGUAAGGAGGAAGGUAGCUGCAACACCAUACUGAAAUCCUUAAAGUUUGACACAGCACAGAUGAGUUUCAAACAGAGUGGAUCUCUACAAUUUGACACAGAUAUAUCUAUGGAGAUUCCAAGCCACACCAUUUUGGCUUACAGUGUCAAAGAGCUGAACAUCAAAAAUGACAGCCACUUUGAUAUUAUCAUGGCGUUGGAAGCAGAUGGCUUUGAAUCGGACUUUAUACAGCAUUCAUUCUACGUUGAGAAUGAAGUGGAUGGCUUAUUGACAACACCAGAAAUACAGGAAGGGUCCUCACUAAGCAUCCUCAAGAGAGCACUGGUAGGAGUAAGGAAUUAUUUGUGUGUGUUGGCCCAAUUGUCACAUGAAUCCUGCUCCUCCCUGCUACUCAAGUUCCAGCAGAUUCUACUGGACCGGGAACUUUUGUCUACUUUGGAGUCCAAACUGGAUGACCUGGUCUAUGGAGAUGCUCCCUGUCUUUUUCAGACCACCUGCUCUCAUGCAUCGGAUCAGUUUAUUGACACAUUUUGGGACCUGCUACAACCUGAGACAACCAGUGAAAAUAGGCUGUCCACAGACUCUCCCAAUAAUGGAGCUUCCAUGAAGUUGUCUGAGCAGAGCCAGCCAGUUCUGACUGCAGUGAACAUCCUCAUGAACGCAGCUAUGGGUUUGACAGAUGAUGGGCUCCACUUAUUACAAGGCUUCUGCGCUUCAGAAGUACUCAAUGAGUUAAAUGAUUUAGUAAACCUCCUCACAGACGACUCUCAGCCUGUCCUCUUCACCUCCCUGCCUGCUCCCCUGCAGAAUGAGGACAUGCUCAGGAGGGUGGAGCAACUGUUCAGCUCAUCCAAUGUUGUGCUGAAGAUUGAAGCUGGAAAAUUGUGGACAGAGACUACAUGCAACAGUGGACACCUCCCCUACAUACUAUGUACCAUCAUCCAUGGCCUUGCAUACCUGAGUGAGAACCUGGAAUAGGUGUGCUAAAACAUAAUAUUUCAUACAAUACUAAAGCACCCUAGUACAGUUCAAAUUAAUAAUGCACUUUUUUUAGCUUCACAGACUGUAUGAUAUGCAUCAAGCAAAUAAAAGUUUUGUGAUCUAUACUAACACAGACAUUGCUUGUUAAUCUGAAUGAACUCAUACUCAUGCAAAAUUUCAGUAAGGGGUAUGCAGCUACUUUGAUUGGGGAUCCUUAUUUUUAAACUGUAUUGUGUAUUCUCAAUGUAUUCAGACCUCAUUA